AUGAAUAUAGCUGUCAAAAGAAACUGCUCAGAAAUCUACAAGUCCGCAGGUAAACCAACUGACGGUGUGUACACCAUUAAACUUGAUAAUUUGCUUGCCUUUGAUGUAUUCUGUGACCAAAUAACAGCCGGUGGUGGUUGGACAGUGUUCCAGAAGAGACUGGACGGCUCGGUGAAUUUCUGCCGCAUUUGGAACGACUACAAACAUGGCUUUGGUGACCUGAAAAGUGAGUUUUGGUUGGGACUGGACAAGAUUCACCGGCUGACCUCAGAUAAUAACAGCAUGUUGCAUGUGGACUUGGAGGACUUUGAAGGGAACACAGCUUAUGCCGAGUAUAACUUGUUUGGUGUUAUGAGUGAGAAACACAAGUACAAGCUGAUCCUUGGUUCCUAUUCAGGAACUUCUGGUGACUCUCUUGCUGUGCAUCGCCGUAUGCCAUUCACCACUAAAGAUCAAGAUAAUGACGAUCAUGGAGGUGAAAACUGCGCCAAUAAGUUCAAAGGAGCCUGGUGGUACAAGAAUUGUCACCAAUCAAAUCUCAAUGGUUUAUAUCUUCGUGGCAAUCACUCCUCCUAUGCUAAUGGAGCGAACUGGAAAGACUGGAAAGGAUAUCAUUACUCCCUCAAGAGAACCGAGAUGAAAAUAAGACCAGUGGAUUUCUGAACUGUCAUGUUUAUGGCACAACAAUGAUACAGUACCAACUUAACCAAAAAAACGACU